CGCCUUCACUCCGCUCUUAAAGGGGCCGCGCCGCCUCUUUACGUUUUUUUAUUCCGUUUUCCGAGCGCCUCCGCGCCGUCCGGGUGGGCCCGAGCCCCCCCGCCAGACUCCGCCGCCGCCAUGAGGGAGAUCGUCCACAUCCAGGCGGGCCAAUGCGGCAACCAGAUCGGCGCCAAGUUCUGGGAGGUGAUCAGUGACGAGCACGGCAUCGACCCCACGGGCACCUACCAUGGGGACAGCGACCUGCAGCUGGACCGCAUCAGCGUCUACUACAACGAGGCCACAGGGGGUAAAUACGUGCCCAGGGCCAUCCUGGUGGAUCUGGAGCCCGGCACGAUGGACUCUGUGCGCUCCGGCCCCUUCGGGCAGAUCUUCCGGCCUGACAACUUUGUGUUUGGCCAAAGCGGUGCCGGCAACAACUGGGCCAAGGGUCACUACACGGAGGGCGCCGAGCUGGUGGACUCUGUGCUGGACGUGGUGCGCAAGGAGGCCGAGAGCUGCGACUGCCUGCAGGGCUUCCAGCUGACCCAUUCCCUGGGCGGCGGCACCGGCUCGGGCAUGGGCACGCUGCUCAUCUCCAAGAUCCGCGAGGAGUACCCCGACCGCAUCAUGAACACCUUCAGCGUGGUGCCGUCGCCCAAGGUGUCGGACACGGUGGUGGAGCCCUACAACGCCACGCUGUCCGUGCACCAGCUGGUGGAGAACACGGACGAGACCUACUGCAUCGACAACGAGGCGCUCUACGACAUCUGCUUCCGCACCCUCAAGCUGACCACGCCCACCUACGGCGACCUCAACCACCUGGUGUCGGCCACCAUGAGCGGCGUCACCACCUGCCUGCGCUUCCCCGGCCAGCUCAACGCCGACCUGCGCAAGCUGGCCGUCAACAUGGUGCCCUUCCCGCGGCUGCACUUCUUCAUGCCCGGCUUCGCGCCGCUGACCUCGCGGGGCAGCCAGCAGUACCGCGCCCUCACCGUGCCCGAGCUCACCCAGCAGGUCUUCGAUGCCAAGAACAUGAUGGCCGCCUGCGACCCGCGGCACGGCCGCUACCUCACCGUGGCCGCCGUCUUCCGCGGGCGCAUGUCCAUGAAGGAGGUGGACGAGCAGAUGCUGAACGUGCAGAACAAGAACAGCUCCUACUUCGUGGAGUGGAUCCCCAACAACGUGAAGACGGCCGUGUGCGACAUCCCGCCGCGCGGCCUCAAGAUGGCCGUCACCUUCAUCGGCAACAGCACGGCCAUCCAGGAGCUCUUCAAGCGCAUCUCGGAGCAGUUCACGGCCAUGUUCCGGCGCAAGGCCUUCCUGCACUGGUACACGGGCGAGGGCAUGGACGAGAUGGAGUUCACCGAGGCCGAGAGCAACAUGAACGACCUCGUGUCCGAGUACCAGCAGUACCAGGACGCCACGGCCGAGGAGGAGGAGGAUUUCGGCGAGGAGGCCGAAGAGGAGGCCUGAGGGGUUUCUCCAGAGGUCCCAGUCCUUGGCAGUGUUGCUCCUCCCUUUCCUGGUGUGUUGUCCCAGAGAGGCGUCAACCGGCGGGCGGCGCCUUCGGUGUCAUCGUCCUUCAUCAUCGUCAGUGUUGGCCUUGGCCAUCGGCGGCGGCAGCAGCGGAGUCCCCACCCAACCUUCAGCGUUGUCCUCGUGGUCUUCAACCUUCAUCAUCUUCAUCCUGGAAGAGUCCCCAGCCUUCAGCGUUGUCCUCGUGGUCCCCAAGUUUCACCAUCUUUGAAGAAUCCCCCAAUCUUCAUCAUUGCCAUCCAUGAAGAGUCCCCAGCUUUCAUCAUCAUCAUCAAUGAGUUCUUGGUCUUUGUCAUCCUUGAAGAGUCUCCAAUCCUGAUCAUGGUCAGAGCUCCCAAUUUCUGCCGUCUUCAUCCUUGAAGAGUUCCCAGUUUUCAUCAGCACUGAAGAGUUCCCAACCUUCAUCAUCAUCUUUGAAGAGUCCCCAGCCUUCAGUGUUGUCCUCACAGUCCCCAACCUUCAUCAUGGUCAUUCUUGAAGAGUCUCCAGUCCCCAUCAUCAUUGAAGAGUCUCCAAUCCUGAUCAUGGUCAGAGCUUCCAAUUUCCCUCAUCGUUAAAGGAUCCCCAAGGUUCAUCAUUGUCAAGGAGUCCCCAACCUUCAUCAUGGUCUUCAUCAAAGAAUCAUCAAUGGCUCCCCAACCUUCAUCAUCCUCCUCCUCACAGAGCCUCCAGGAGUUCCUGGCCUUCAUCGUGGUCCUUGCAGAGUCUUUGAUCUUCAUCAUCCUCAGCCCUUGGUCUCCAUCGGGGCUGGUCAGUUGGCCUUGACCUUCAUCAUAAUCGCCUUCAUCAUGGAAGAGCCUCCAGGAGUUUUUGACCUUCACUCUCAUCGUGGAAGAGCUGCUGACCUUCAUCAUCCUCAUGGAAGAUUCCUUGACCUUCAUCAGGGUUGGUCACUUGGCCUUGACCACCAUCAUCCUCAUCAUGGAAGAGCCUCCAAGAGCUCUUGACCUUCAGCCUCAUCUUGGAAGAGUUGCUGACCUUCAUCAUCAUCAUCAUCACCUCUGCCCCUCCCCCGCUGCCACCACGGCCUCCUGUCCCCUCCCCCACCCCACUCUGGCUCCAUUUUCCCAAUAUUUUUUGUAAUUUUUCCUAAGUUUUGAAUGUUUUUUUCCCAAUUUUUUGUCAUUUUCCAUAUUUUUUGUCAUUUUCCCCCUUUUUUGGUUCAUUUCCCUCUCAUUUAAGUCUCCUCAUUUUUGAUUAUUUUCAACCAAUUUUCCUCGUUUUUGGUCAGUUUCCCCCAUUUUUAGUCUUUUUUUCCACUUUUCCAAUUUUUGCUCUUUUUUCCCGUUUUUGCUCACUCUCAGCCCAAUUCCAUUCCUUUUUCCCAACUUUGGGGUCCUUUCUUCCAAUUUUUUGUUAAUUUUUCCCGAUUUUUGCUCAGUCAUUUUUUGAACCAUUUUUCUCUACUUUGGGUUCAUAUUCCUCAAUUUUUGUUCAUUUUUUUCCCAAUUUUUGUUCCUUUUUCCCCAUUAUUUGUCAGUUUCUCCCCAUUUUUAUUUGUUUUUCCCCAUUCUUGUCCGUUUUUCCCAUUUCCCCUCAGUUUCUCCCCGAUUCCGUCGCCGUUCCCGGUGUCCGGUCGCUCUCUCCCAUUUUUGGAUGUUUUUGUUUUUUUCCCGUUUCUUUUGUUUUUCAUAUUGAAAAGUCGCCCCCGGGUCCAGAAUAAACUCGGGAUGGAAAAGCCA